AUGACGGUAUGGGGCUAUAUCUCACAAAUACCCCCUACUGGGGCUAUAUGUUUAGUCGUGGGGACAUCUGAUCUACAAUUAUAUAGAAGAUAUCAUUUUGGAAAUUCAAUAAAUAAAACAUUUAAAGAAAACUUAGUGUUAAAACAUUGUAAUCAAAUCAAUGCUAAGACAUACCAUAAAUCCAAUUCUUCAGAUUUGGUCAAUGAUUUCACUGAUAUUGUUGUCAUCGGAGGCGGUAUUAUAGGUUCUUCAGUUGCGUAUUGGCUGAAACACACGUUUGGUAAUCAAAUAACUUGUAAUGUCAUAGAAAGAGAUCCAACAUAUAAGUACUGCUCAACCACUUUAUCUGCCGGUGGUAUUCGUCAACAGUUUUCAUUGUCAGAGAACAUCCAAUUAUCACUAUUUAGUUCUGAAUUUUUGCAGAAUAUUCAUAAAUACCUUACGGUUCCCAAUAAAGACUUACCAGAUAUCAACUUAAAACUUAACGGUUAUCUAUUAUUGGCCACUGAUUCCGGUGCCCAACAACUCAUACAAAAUCAUAAACUGCAACGAGAUUUGGGAGCAGAUAUAGAGCUGUUGUCUAUAAAGCAAUUAAAAAACAAAUUUCCGUGGAUUAGUACCGACGGCGUUGCUUUGGCCUCUUUCGGUAAACACAAUGAGGGAUGGUUUGAUCCCUGGUCUCUACUUAUGGCUUUUAAAUAUAAAGCUCAAUCACUUGGUGUAAACUAUUUGAAUCUGGAUGUAAUCGGUGCUAAUAUUAGUAAUAGCGAUCAAAUUGAUAGUAAUGGUAGUCGAGUGCAGACUUGUAAUCAAUUAAUUGUCAGACAAUCGGACGGAAAUGUUAAACAAUUGUCAUUUGGUUCAGCAAUUGUUUGUUGCGGUGCUUUCUCCGCACAAAUUGCUAAAUAUUUAGGAUUUGGAUCACAUAAUAGUGGAAUACGUGCCGUACAGUUACCUAUUGAACCCAGAAAGCGAUUUGUUUAUGUAAUCAAUUGCAAGACUGGUCCCAAACCUGACAGUCCUCUUCUAUUUGACACAUCUAUGACUUAUUUUAGACCCGAAGGAAAUGGAGGAAACUAUAUAUGUGGCCGAUCACCACACGAGAAUGACGAACCAGAUGUUGAUAAUCUUUGUGUCGAUCAUUCAUUCUUUGAGUCUAAUAUUUGGACGUUUUUAGCUCAAAGAGUUAAAGCAUUUGAAUCACUAAAAGUAACAAACAGUUGGUCCGGAUUUUAUGAGUUCAAUACAUUAGAUCAAAAUGCUGUCAUCGGAAGGGAUCCCUACUAUUCAAACAUCUAUUGGUGCGCCGGCUUUAGUGGACACGGCCUACAAAUGGCACCCGCAGUUGGCAGAGCUAUAACAGAGUUAAUUGAAAAUAAUAAAUAUAAAACAAUUGAUUUAACAAAAUUUGGGUGGACUAGAAUUAUUAAUAAUACACCCAUUAAAGAGACAAAUAUUUGCUAAUUUAACAUAUAUUUCAUACCCUAUAAUAUUAUACUGUAAUAAAUAAAAUAUAUUAGCCGUACGUAAGCGCAUAUAAAUUAGGUCCAGGAAUUAAAUGUAAAAACUAUGUUAAAAUGUGAAUUUCUACCCCCAUUUCAAAUCAUUGGUUAAUGAGUUGUCAAAUUAGUCCCAAUAUUGAAGUUUUUUGAAUGUCUAUAAAGUAAUGAUAGA